CUACUACAGCAACUCCGACCACAACGAGGGGGUGUCACGCUUCUGAUACUAACAUUAGAACACUUGCCUGACUUCAGUCGAUGUCCAAUGAAUGAACGGGGUGUUGCAGAGUAGAGAGAGCACAGUAGCAUACCCUAAUAAAUCGAAGCACCACUUUAUCUCGAGCAAGACGAGAGCUAUCAUUCUCACCGUCUCCUGUGUACGUGAGUCUCUCCGGGGAACAAGGUAUCCGAAAUGACUAAGCGCAAAUCAAAGACUGCCGCCAACUUCAAGCCAGAGCGCGAGGACAACUCUUUCUUAAUAGAAUCCCAUCCAGUGUCCGAGUCGCGAGGAAGAGUGAAUCAACUUGCGCUGCCAUGCAUGUUGUUCCUUAUGGUCGCGAUUGGAGGGGCAUCUGCGGGCUGGUUUUGCCUGCAACAGCAACAAUCAAUUGAUCAGCUAUCAGAAACGUUUAGGGCCAUGCAAAUAAGAAUCACCAAGUUUCAGCAGCAGAUGGGGAUGAGAGAGGCACAGAUGAGCUCAGGAGGUCUGAUCGAGGAGAGGAUACUGGCUUUGGAGGCAGCUCAGAAACAGGCCCAGCAGAAGGCGGUGGUUACCCUGGCAACGUCAGAGCAGUUGAAGAGCAUCGACCUCAAAUCCCAGUUAUGGGCACUCCACAACGAGAUGAACACCAGGCUGGCUGAGUUCCAGCAGGUAGCCAUCUCCUCCGCAGCCCUGCAGGUCACGAUGAAGAACAAGAGCGACAACUUUGAGUCGGUCAAGGAGAGCGUGGCGGCCGUUUCGAGCUCCAACUCUGCGCUAGCAGUGAGCUUGGAGCGGAUGACCAGCACGGUGGACAACAUCAAAUCCAGGCUGGACGAGCAGGUGUCAACGGUGGACGGCUUGAUGUCACAGCUGGUGGGACAGGUCACUGAGCAGAGGGAACUGAGAGAGUUUCUGAGUCUUCAGAGGGUAGUGCUUCAUAACAACCACCAGGAAGUGGGUGAAAUCAAGGAGUUGCUGGAGGAAUGGCAGGCCAAGAAGUCCCAGGCUCUGGAGCAGCAUCUGCAGUUAGUGACCAUGUCCCUGGAUGAGCAGCUGGAGGCUGUUCACAGCCAGCUGGUGAAUGGUGGUCCACUCAGCCAAGAGGAAGUAGACUCCGAGGCGGCAGAGGCCUCGGAAAUGGCGGAACGGGAGCAGGAGGUAACAGAGGAAGAACCUGCUGAGGAGGAGGUAGAGGAGGACAUUACUGUGGGGGCAGUGAAACAGGAAGCUGAAGAGGAGGACGUUACUGAGGAGGCAGUGGGACAGGAAGCUGAAGAGGAGGAAAUGGAGCAGGAGGAAUCAGUGGAAAAGGAAGUGACAGAGGAGCCAGAAGAACAGCUAGUUGUAGUGGAGUCAUUGGAAGAUGGUGUCACAGAAGAGCAACUGGAGGAGGAGGAUCCAAAGGACGAGGAAGAGGAGAUUGAUGAUGACAAUGACUUCCCAGAGGACUGGUCUCCUGAGGAGCAAUGGUAGGAGGAGGAAAAGGUUCAGGCACACGUUGCUGACUCUGGUAUGGCUAUUGCAGACAUUUUGGCAAUUGAAACAUUACUGUAUUGAAAGAAGUGGAGGCCACUCAACCAACAUGAGGCGUGGUGCAUUAACAAAAAUGUGAUCAUCAUUGAAAAGAUAAAGGCGCAACACUCACUCACCAUUAAAAACAUAUUAUUUUAUUUAGGCACCUAUUAAUAGCCUGACAAAAUUAUGACAUAGGGGCCUAUAUAUACAUGUCCAUUCCCUCUGUAUACUUUUUCUGAUGAAAGUCAUUGAUGAAGGCCGAAAUGUCACGUUUUUAACAGUUGCUUGAAUAACAUAAUGAUACAGUAUGUCUUUAAUGGUGAGCGAGCGUGGGCCAUUUCCUUUUUAAUUAAUCAUACUUUACUGCAUUGCCAGAAAUUAAAUUACAUUUGACCAAAAUGGCAAGGUCUUAUGGAAAUAUUAAAGAUAUAUUUCUAAAGAUAAAGACACGUGCCUAUUGAGGACCCACUCCUCAAGACCCACACGCUCAUACAGGGUCUUUAAAGUUCAUCAGGAAUACUUCAGAUAAAAAUAAAGACUGUCAGUGCCAACUGUUAACAGUUGUCUGUACCUAAGUAUGCAGUCUGACGUUUUCAGUUCUCUUUUUAAAUAUGAAUUUCAGAGCAAUAACAUCAGUUUUUAAGAUGAGUGACAAAAGUUACUUUCCAAUUUGUUGGCAAAGCCACAGAAGGUCCAAACACUUACCAGCUUGGUUAUGAACCUAUUUGAUAAUAUUUCAGUUGUAAAUGUCCUUACUAAAAAGUUGUACAUCAAAAUGUGUGUGAUUAUUGGGUUUUGAUUUAUGUAAAUACAUUUUAUUAACUGUCCAUAUUAUUGACCUAGCCUACAUUCAGUAGCUGUGAUUAUUAAUGGAAUCUCAUUUUAUUUCUGUCAUGUUAUAGAUGUGACAUUUUCUAACCUGCAAAUUGCAUCACAGAUGUCAUUGAUGCACUUUUGUAAUAAAAAAAGUGUAUACUUUAUUUAUUUA